AUGGUGGCAGCAGGAGAAAACCGAGGUGGAGUGACACUUUGGGAUGCCAGAGUAGACGAUGCUGUUGCACAUUUUUCUACAAACCCUCCAGGUCCAAGUCCUCCGAAACGUUCGGUGUUUGCUGUGGACGGUUCAGCACGAGUGCUGGCCUUAGCCGGUGAAUCUGGCACGGUACAUCUAUUCGACAUUGCUGCAAGAAAAGAAAUUGUCAGCAAGAAAAUCUGUCCUACUGACGUAAAAGUAUUAAGUUUCUCUCCAAAAAUGCGGUUACUCUUAGCUGCUGAUGUACCAAGACUUCGAAUGAUCAACCUCAGCGAUAUUACGCUCACGCCUUUUCCGCCACCGACCCAUAAUAUCCUAUCUCUUCAGUCAGUGACGGGCACGAUGUAA